AUGUCAAUGUCAAACAGCUGUUCUACCAACAUGGCCACGAUAGGCCGCUCUUCGGGAAAAUUAUUACAAAAAGUGCAAUUUUUAACAGGAUUUUCACGACAUUUAAGUACAGUGAAGUGUAAAUCAUAUAAAAAUGUGUGGAAGACAUGUGCCUGUGUCAUCGGUGGUGGUAUUUUAUUAUACACCGCAAACUUACGGAACGGAAAAACAGUUUACGCUCUCAAAGGAAAGAAUGACCUGGCGGUUUCCUGAAAACGUCUUUUCUAAUCAGCCCGAAGAGCUGUCGAAGUCAGUGAAGCUGACAUCGCGGGAGCGUCGCUUCAUCAAGUUCGCGAGCGUGGAAUACGGCGGCCAGCUGUACAUGACCCCUCAGGACUUCCUGGAGUCGGUGGUGGAACAGGAGCCGCGACCUCGUUUGAAACGACGCGUCCUCACUGCCAAGGAGAUAGAACAACUCAGAGACCAGGUCCCUCCGCUGAAGAAGGGAUCCUCGCAGAUGUUCAGGAGUAUGAGGGACAAAGGAAUCAUCUCUUACACAGAAUACCUGUUCCUUCUAUCUAUAUUAACAAAACCCGCGUCCGGUUUCCAGAUAGCGUUCAACAUGUUCGACACAGACGGGAACCAGAGAGUCGACAAGAAUGAGUUUCUAGUUAUACAGCGUCUACUCGGUGGUUCUAUGAAGGAGCGCAAAGACUUGGAUGUUCACAGUCAGAAAGCACUGCUUACCUUAGUAUCAUCAAGCGCGCUAAGGCACAAGCUGGAGCAAACAGAAAACAGACCUAAGCCCACCACCAUGGAAAAGAUCUUCAGUUUCGCGUGGAAAGGUAAGCGAGGUUUGACAGACGAGGGCGCGGGCUCCGAGGACGGCCACCAGUACGUCGACGACGACCAAGGGCUUCAGAGACGACACAACGUAGACACUCUGCUGCAGGUUCAUUUCUUUGGCAAGAAAGGCACGAACGAUCUCAAGUUUGAAGGCUUCAGAAAAUUCAUGGAAAACUUACAGACUGAGGUGUUGGAGCUGGAAUUCCACGAGUUCUCUAAAGGACACGACACCAUUUCUGAAGUAGACUUCGCAAAGAUUCUCCUCCGCUACACCUACCUGGACACGGACGAGUACGACGCCUUCCUGGACAGGCUCCUGGACGUGGAACAGAGCGGCAUCAGCUUCACAGAGUUCAAAACCUUCUGCCAGUUCCUCAACAACUUGGAGGACUUCACCAUAGCCAUGAGAAUGUACACCCUCGCUGAUCAUCCGAUAUCGAAAGACGAGUUCCACCGCGCGGUGAAGAUCUGUACCGGCAUAGCGCAAUCCCCUCACCUCGUGAGUACUGUGUUCGCUAUCUUCGACCAGGACGGAGACGGCUUCCUCAGCUACAGGGAGUUCAUCGCUAUCAUGAAGGACAGACUACACAGGGGGUUCAAAUCGUAUGCCAAGAACGAAGGCUGGGAGGCGUUCAAGACGUGCGUCAAGCAAGAGAUGAAGAGCGCUGUUUAAAUCCAAACCAAAGUUAAAUUAUAAUAAUUUAUUAAUAUGCUAUAAUAAAUACGCCGUCAAGAUGUCGGACUCACAUUUCUAUAGUUAUAUAAAAUAAUUGAUUUAAUUAUUUCCAUAUUAAAUGGAAAAUUUGAUAAUUGUUUGCACUAAUGUCUUCCCGCAAUCAGAUUUCGUAACAGAGAAAUUUAAACCUUAAGACAUUGCUCGCUUGAGUUGAGAUCUAGUUGUACGUUAUAUUAUUUUUUGCAAAGCAAAUAUAAGUGAAACUUAUUAGAUUAUUUUUAUCAUUGCAUGUACUUAAUAAGUUAUUUUAAAAAAAUAUUAAAUUUUUGUUUAGCAAAAGCUAUACUAAUGAUGUUUUGAUUUUUAUUUGUAUUUUGUUUUAUACAAGGGAGUUUUUUUUUAAGAGUUUUUUCUUAAAAAAAAAUAUCUUUAACAUUAUCUUUGUGGUUGUGUUGCCAUUGUGGUUCCUACGUGUUAUCUCUCAUAUAAUCGUCGUGUAUUUGGUCUUAUAUUGUCAUAAGCUAUAUCUUAGAGUUAUUAUAUUCCUUAAUCUAACGCCAUGUCAAAGUUUGCCGCCAUUUUAUCGAGUCGAGUGAAAGUCUUGCUAGUCAAAUAAACAUAUAUUAUUAAUGUAUUUAUUGCCAGUCACUAAAUU